ACAGCCGGGGGGGAUGGGAGAACUAGGGUAGAUGCGCGGGCGUUCUCGUUCGUUUGCUCGCUCCCGAGUGCGGCGGGCCGCGAGACUAAGAGGGCGCGAAAAGGAGAGAGAAAGAGGGAAAAAAGGGUUAGGGCGCGCGGGGCGGCGGCUAGUGCUGUGGUUCGGUGCGGCUGGAAGACGUAAGCCGGGCUGCCGCCCAGGGUCUGGAGCAGCGCGAGGGGUGGGAGGGAUGGCAGCGCCAAAGCCGAGGCUCCGCUUUCCUCGCCUCGCUUUUCCCCCUCCCCUGCCCAGCUGGGGCCUCGAGCUGCGCAGAGGCGGAGGGAUCUUGUCCGUAAGGAUAGCACAGAAGAUUUUGUUAAAUGCUUUGUGAAAGUCUAGGUUUGUUCUAAGGAUCCACUUCAGUUCAAUAAACAAAUGAGAUGAUAAAUAGGAAUUUACAUUGAAGGUUAAGUUUUCCAAAGGACAUUGAUUCAGGACAUUAAUUUAAAAAAUGAAUCUAUCUAGUAUAGCAUUAAGAGUGGAAACUUGGCUUUCCUCUGCAUGGCAUAUUAAAGUGCCCAUGACAUGGCUAGAAGCUUGUAUUACUUGGAUUCAAGAAGAAAAUAAUGAUGUGAAUUUGACUCAGGCUCAAAUUAAUAAACAAGUGUUUGAACAAUGGCUUCUUACUGAUUUAAGAGAUUUGGAGUAUCCUAUUUUACCUGAUAAGAUUUUGGAAGUUCCAAAAGGAGAACUAAGUGGUUUUUAUUCUUUGCAGAUUAAUUCAUUGGUUGAUGUUAGUCAGCCUAUGUAUUCCCAGUUACAAAAGUUGAGAGGACUGAAUAGGUCAAAUGAUCAAGUAACAGCUGAAACACAAAUAUCCUUAAAGCCUUGGGAAGCAAAUCCUACACGAAUGCUAAUGUUGCAGAUAACUGAUGGAGUUAGGCAGAUACAGGGCAUGGAAUAUCAACCCAUUCCAGCUCUUCAUCAUACUGUUCCUCCAGGUACAAAAAUUCUCAUCCAUGGAAAUAUUUCUUACCGUCUUGGUGUUCUUCUGCUGAAACCGGAAAAUGUAAAGGUUCUAGGGGGUGAAGUGGAUGCUCUUGUUGAAGAACAUAGCCAAGAAAGAAUACUUGCAAGACUAAUUGGAGAGCCUGAUUCUUUAACUUCAAGCAAACCAAAUCAUAGCCAGUGCAUUCCUACACUUGAUGGAAUAGAACCUUCCGACGCAGAACUCCUAGCAAGCCUUGAUGAAAAUGAUGCGUCAGUAGUGGUCAAUAAUGAUAUUACUUCAGAGAGUGGGUAUUUUAGCAGAAGUUCUAUUUCAAACACUAUCAGCAAUGUAACUACAAGCUCAGGACUUUCUAUCAUUUCACCAAGAACAGAUGAAGACCUACCAAAUCCAUCUGUGAAUUUCACUGAAGGGGAUUUAGAUGAUUUUUCACUAGAGGAUGUGUUGUUUUUAGAGGAAACUGUCCAAAAGGAACUUCAAGAGACAGAAGAAAGGAAUUCAUUGACAUUGAACAGAGGCAGUGACAAAAAUAUAGAAAGACAUUCACAGAAACCUAACGUUACAGAGGAUUUUUCUCUGAUUAAUACAAAAGAAAAAAAUGUUCAGAAUGAAAAGAUAUUGUUUGAACAAAUAGCCAGUAAAGACAAAUCUUCUGGAUCUCUCUCUGUUAGAGAUCAAAAUUCUAGGAGUAUUUUGUCAUUUGAACAGAAUGCACAACUGCCCCAGGAUUUCAUAGUUAAACAUAAGAGCUCAGGAGUAUAUGAGAAAAUUAAACCCUCCAUUAGCAAUUUAAAAGACUAUAUACUAAAUGAUAAAACAUUAAACACAGAACUGGUUAAUGUACCAAAGCGAGUUUCAGAAAUCAAUCAUGAAAGCAGUUAUAUACAUCCUUGUUCUUUAAUAUCAUUAGAGAACAACAUGGAUCUAAUUUCUUUUGCUGUCGAUUUGGAUUCUCCACCUUUUACUUAUAUUUCUGUCCUAUUAGCCAGAAAUCUCAAUGAUGUAACAACUGUGAGAGUCAAAGCAUUUAUUGUAACCUUAACUGGAAAUCUCUCAUGUUGUGAUGGCUUUUGGAGUGUAACUGCAAAGAUUUCUGAUGGUACUGCUUAUCUAGAUGUGACUUUUGCAGAUGAAAUACUAAGAAGUAUGAUCGGUUUUUCAGUAUCAGAAAUGAAACAGUUGAAAAAAGAUACUAAUCAGCAUAAAAAUUUCCAGGAAGGUUUACAGAAAUGUCAGAGAGCUCUAAUAGACUUGUGCUGUCUGAUGACUGUUACAUUUAAUCCUUCCUUGUCUAAAGGCAUAGUAUCUGUUCUGCAAGAUGUAAAUAUGGAAGACCUACAAAACUUAAAGAGACGCUUGAAUAAGUAAUGUCAAUUUUGAAUAAAUCCAUAAGUUUUGAAUAAAUAACCUACUAAAGCAAUGAUAGAAAAUAAUCAAAAGGACUCAUAAUUUUUUAGGAUUUGAUCUAAAGGACAAAUGUUAACAUUUUAAAUGUUCUCUUUUAUUUCAUUUUUGGGAAUGAAAGAAAUAAAGAUCUAAAACUAACUUGUAAUUUAAAAAACCCCACCAAACCUCUGUUUUAAUUUUAAGGAGAAAAAAGAUACCGAUUUGAAAGAAUGUUAAAGUUUAGACAAGCUGGUUUUUGUUAUCCAUCACUUCUGAAGAUCAUUCCUAAUUUGUCAGCUGAAAUGAUUUCUGAAGUAUUGUAUUAAUGUCCAUUGUUGGGUUGUAUUAAUAAAGAAUUGAUAAUCCUAAGUAAAAUGUUUAAAUUUUAAAUUAUUUAACAUUUUAAACAGAAAUUAUCUAUCCUCAGAAAAAAUGGAUGUAAUCCCAGGGGACCAAAGUGUUGGUUUUCAGAUUAGAAUUAUUUCUUGAUUUUUAGUUUGCUGGUACUUGUUUUUGUGAUAUGAAAGGUAAACUUUACAAUGUUAUGUAUGAAAAAGAGUAAAUUAUUACUUAUUUUGAAGGAUAUUCUAUUUUCAAAUGGUACUAAAAAGUUAAUUUUCAAAUUCAGCAUGUUUGGAUAAAAAGUUUUUCAUCUUUGUUUAUAGGUGGUGCUGAUUAUUUAAAGAUUACAAAAGUACACAUGAAUUUACUGAGUUUUUUUUCAUUUUUUCAUUUUGCUUGAUUACCUGUUUUUUUUC